AAUAUGUUUAAAACCAUCCCAUAAACAUUUUCAAAUAUCCAAAAGGUUUUAAACUCAAACACGAAGGAUUACGGGAAUUUUGGAAAAAUCAGGACAGCGGCACGGUACCCCCAGACGGUAGGGUAUACCGCCACACGGUACCCCUAUACCGUGAUACGGUACCCAGAGUCUUACGCGCUUAAAAUCCCAACAAUUGGUAUCAGAGCCAAGUUACAUUUGGGGCGGAGAGAUUUCUAAGCGGUAAGAGAAGAAAGUCGAAGAACUUGAAAAAUGGCAUCGGUGAAAAGUUCGAAUGUUUCCGUCGAACCUUUCGAUGGACGUGGCGAUUUUACAUUGUGGCAACAACGAGUAAAAAGUGUUCUUACUCGGGAAGGGGCAAUCAAAGCUCUGAAGGUGAAGGUUCAGAGGACAGAAAAAAUGACCGAUGCUGAGUGGGCCAAACACCAGAAGAACGACAAACCGGAAAAAUUGUCGGAAGAAGAGUGGGAGGAUUUGAAGGACAUGGCAACAAGUACAAUAUGCCUAUGCCUUGCAAAUAAUACUCUUCGGGAGGUUCUCGGUUUGACGGACCCGGUGGAUAUUUGGGACAAGCUGGAGAGCCGGUACAAGUCGAAAUCAUUGACAAGUAGGCUAUACUUGAAGAAACGAUUGUUUCGUCUCCAAAUGGCAGAGGAAGCUAACUUUAAUGGACACCUGGAUGAAUUCAACAAGAUUACAACAGAGUUGGAAUCCAUUGAUGUGAAGAUUGAAGAGGAGGACAAGGCGCUGCUUUUGUUGGCUUCAUUGCCUUCAUGUUUUGACAAAAUCGUGACCACGCUUUUGUUUGGAAAAGAGACCUUAAAAUUUGAUGAAGUAGUUGCUGCGUUGUUGGUGAACGAGACUCGGCGGGGUGGCAACGGGGUAUCAAAUGAGGGUCAAGCUUUGGUAGCAAAAGGAGCUGGUCGGGAACGAGGAUGGUCUAAAGAGAGGGGCGGCGCGUCCCAACGCUUCAAAUCAAGUAGUAAAAGCUUUCGGUGUUACUACUGCGAUGAAGAGGGUCAUUUCAAAAGGGAUUGUCCAAAGAGGAGGAAGGAAAAGAAGGACGGGAAGACACCCGUGACUGCGGUUGCAGAAAGUUCGAACCAAGCAAGUGAAGAAGACUUGUUUUUGGCAACCACAAAGAGUCUAGGUAAAUCGGAUUGGAUAUUAGAUUCGGGUUGUUCGUUUCAAAUGUGUUCAGUUAAGGAACAGUUUGAUACGUAUCAAACUUGUGAUGGGGGUGCUGUGAAGAUGGCAAAUGGUGCACGGAGAGAGAUUGCAGGGGUCGGAAUAGUGCAAGUUCGCAUGUUUGAUGGCGUGGUGAGAACAUUAACUGGAGUGAAACAUGCCCAAGGUAACUCCACUGCCUUGGCUAUUCGCAAGCCGGCUGCUGCCCUAGAGGCUGUCCACAUCUCUGCUAUUCCUGGGCUGAGGAAGCCCACUCCGUCCCAGAAACGGCCACGGGUAGGGGUCACUGAUGAUGACUUUCUUCCCAAGAAGAGUAGGGGUGAUGGUACUUCUGCUUCGCCCAGCCCCUUGACUCCUUUUUCUGGUACCCUUAAUACCACUCCGAUCGCUGCAUCCGGAGGUUUGGAGUUACCCAACCCGGAUAGCUUGGAUCAUGAGGCAGAUGAACUUCCUGACCAAGCACCACUCAAAAGACCGGCGGUGCAGCCUCAUCCUAAGGUGAACAAUACCUCCCCACCAACUGCAACUUCUCCCCAAGGGGUAAAGGAAGGAGUUGAGAGACAGAAGGAACCGGAGGCUUCCCCUGCAACAGAGAAGGAGGUUGGAGUGCAGAAAGAACUGGAAGCUUCAUCUACGAUGGACAGAGAAGUUGAAGGGCAGAAGGAUACGGAAACUUCCCAGAGACGGAGAGAGAGACUGAGAAACAACCACAGCCGGAGGGACAGUGUUCCACUGCAACACCUCCAGCCUUCAAUGAGCAGAUUACCACCUACCAAGGGACCACCCAGGACCUGGAGGUACAGUUCGAUGGACUCCGGGCAUAAAUCUCCAACCUGGAGUCUAAGGUCUCAGCCUUGGAAGACAAAGGGGGGGAGUCUGAAAGCUGAGCUGGUUGAAAGGGAAUCCCGGAUCUCUGGGCUGGAGAUUUCACUCCAUAAUGCCAAGCAAGAGGGUGCCCAUUUUAGCGAUCUUGUGGUGAAACAGAUGGGGGCGAAACGGCUCGCCCUCCAGAAGUUGGAGAAGGAGAAACAGACUACUAGAGAGCUCCAGUCAAGAGUGGGAGAGCCUGAGAAGACCAUAUCUUCUCAUCAAGAGGAGAUGGCUGCCAUGACCGCCCGUGCUGAGGCCCUUUACGAAGAAGGGAAGUUCGAUAUGCAACACUGCAUCUAUGAAGCGAUCUAGAGCGGCCUCCCAGAACACUGAUCCUUGGAUGACUUCAUCUCUCACUAUGGCCUGCCUCUUCCUCUUACUCCCCCAGAUUCUCGUACCAGUCCGGGGUCUUGAUUCCCCUGUUUUCAAAUCAAUUGUAACUUUUAUU